AACAACUUCAAUUUUUUUUUUACAUAUUUGUAAAAUUAAACUUUUUUUAUAGAAAAAAACAUGGUUGGCAGAUUUCUUGGUUUUAUUUACCUUAUAUUAUUUGUAAUAGAGUUGAACGCCAGGCCGAAUCUGAAAUCAACUACUGAGAAUAAGGAAAACUACCCGUGGACAGCUAGAAUGAGGUUUAUAUUCUUCCAAGUUAUAAAUCCACUCGAGGUGGUUACAGGGGUAGAGAUGGCAAAAUUUGAAGAAAGGGGUCCAUACACGUAUAGGGAGGUUCUGGAGAAAAGAAACCAAGUCGAGGGGGACAGUACAGUACAAUUUGAGCAGUACAGACAUUUUGAAUUUGAUGCUGCGCAAAGCUGUGAAGGAUGUUUGAAAACUGAUACUGUGAGAAUUCUCAAUCAACCUUUGAUCGGAGCUGUCGCCGGAGCAAUGGCUCAAGGAGGUGGACUUGUUUCGGGAAUAGCCCUGGGUAUAUUGGCUGGAGCAAUACAGAAUACAGCGGAUUCUCCAGAUCUGUUCCUAGUUGACUCAGUGGAUAAUAUUCUUUUCGCAGGAGUAAACAAUGAGCUAGUUCAGGAGUUACUCACAAACAGCCUUUUGAAAAACAAACUCCCGCCUGCUAUACAAGACAAUGGGUUUGCGAUCUUUAAAAUGCUACAACCCAUAAUGAAUGCUACGAGGUUGAUGUAGGAGUGGAAAGACAUACAGAGAUAAAUCUUUGGGGACCAACACUUGCUGAAGACGACCUUAACCCCGAUCUAUCCGAAGCGAGGACUUGUCCUUCUGUGAUUGCUGGAGAAGUAUUCUCCUGCAGAAGUACCAAAAACUUUCCUUACUGGUGGCCUUAUAAAGAUAUAGAAGGAAAUGAGAGAGUUAACACUACUUGCAACCUUCUCAGAGGAACAAAUGGUGAACAGUUCCCUCCGUUCCUUGAUGAUAGACGAGAUGAACCUCUUUGGAUCUUUUCUACCGAUCUUUGUCGAUCCAUGAGCUUAAAAUAUCUAGAGGACCACGAUAUAGAUGGAAUUCGUACACUAAGAUACACUCUACCACAAGGAUAGUUUAGUUUAUUUAUAAAAAGUUUUAAAGAUCGCAUAAUUAAUCUCAUGCAUGUAUUGGGUUACCACAAAAAAUGAGAUUUCAGAGACGUUACAUACUGCCUAUUUCCUAACCUUCAUGGUUUAAACUUGGUGCUCUUUUUGCCAAAUCAUUAAGCUAUAAAA